AUGGUCGUUCAUCUGAAGUCGGCGAGUUGUUUAUUUGCUGAGCAUCAUGUCAGCGGCGAACUCGCUUCUUCCUCCACUUGGCUCUCAUCUUGGCUAGCUGACUAUGGGUUGAAUUUGGGUGCGAGCGUGCACAGACACUUUCUUGGCGGGCUGGGUCUUGGCGAAGCGUCAUCGGCAAUCACGUGGGAGACAAGUGAAUUCGAGGGUCCUUGGAAUUUGACGCGUUAUCGAUUGCGAUGGUCGACUCGCAGACGCGUUAUUUAUUUCUGGUCACGAUUCUACAUGCGCGAUAUUUCCACGCAGAGCACGACGAUCAUCUCGGCGGACAUGUCUAUCUCGCAGGCAUCCAUUGUGAACCCGGUAGGAUAUUUCGUGUUUCAUGACGCAAACAUAUGUCGAUCAGCGGAAGUAGACACUCCAAGCAUAUCUUCCCGGCCUCGUCUAGUCUGGCCAAGAGAAGAAAUCGACAUAGGCCGAGAUGUCGUCGAAGAUAUCCUAGGCAUCACAGCGAAAGCCGUUUCAAAACAUCACACACGCGUGCGCUGUGUCAUGUACGAGGAUGACGUCCAACAGUGCGUGCCGCCAAUGGUAUCUGUUCAAGUCUUGUCGUCAAACGGCAUCAUGUUUACUCAUGCGGGUCUCGGCAAGGGCUCAGCAGCAGUUUCAGUGAAGCCCGGCGACGAAGAUGUCCUGUUGAGCGAUGGUGAUAGCUUGCAACUGACUCGGCGGAUCUCCCUCACGUAUCGAUGUAGCGGUUACUACCCGUCGAAGAAUCUCCCACACAGUAAGCUUCGUCAAGCGGAGAUGCAACGCUUCGCAAAUCGAUUCGUCGUCACGAAUCGAAUGCUGGGAUUAGGUGGGUUCGCAGGUGUCUACCUCGCGACCAAUGUCAAUAGUCACAAACAACUCGCCUGUAAGAUUGUGAGGAACGCUCCGGAGCAAGCGACCGCAUCGGAUGCAAGCGAGCAAAUAGUAAACAUGACACUGCUCCGACGGAAACGCGAGAUGCUCGCGAGGGAGUACACUGUGCUUAAGAAUCUCAGCCAUCCGAACAUCAUCCACGUAGAAAAGGUAUUCUGCAGCACGAGCAACAUUUACAUCUUUCAAGAGCUCGUCACAGGUGGGGAUCUGCUUUCGUAUAUUGAAUUGCGUGCUCCCCUCAUCGAGGCCCACGCUGCGAUGAUAACGAAGCAAUUGCUUGAAGCAGUCAAUUAUUUGCAUAACAACAAGAUCGUGCAUCGUGAUGUUAAGCCCGAGAAUGUCCUGAUGACCUCGUCGAGGCACGGCGCAAGGAUCGUGCUGACAGACUUCGGCCAAGCACGCUUUCUCGACAAUGGCCGAGCGAGGCAGGACGGGCGACUUGCUCGCAUGCAAUCUGCUGCCGGAACAUGUGGGUAUAUUGCACCCGAACUUUACCGAGCCAUGACGCUUCCGUACAAAGACAACAUAGGCUACAGCAAAGCCGUGGACAUCUGGUCUAUAGGCUGCAUCGUGCGUGUACUCAUCUCCUCUGAUCCCGUCGUCCCCGGGCAAGAGCUACAGAAACAUGAUGCAUCUCGCAAGUCCGGGUAUGGAGCCUACGUCGCCUUCCUCAGUGGGAACGAAGCAUGGAGUCGCAUCAGCGAGGCGGCAAGAUCGUUUAUCAGGGGCUGUCUGACAAUCGAUGAAAUGGCACGGUUGACUGCUUCCGCUGCCCUACAGCACGAAUGGUUCACCCACGAGGAGUACCGCGAAGAAUUCGAUGCCGCCUACCAGCGUGCCAUCCAAGGCUGGCGACCUCGGCAGCGAGGCAAAGGUGAGCUACUGGUGGAGACGCUCGAUGGGUACGAUCAACACAGUGCUCAAAUUGGUCCCGCGCCGCUGCCACCAAAGCGACAGUCCGCAUAUGAGAAUCGCUCACAGCUUUUCUCACAGAAGCGAUUCUCCGCAAGACCUUCACAGAAUACGGCAUGUAGAGUGCAGAAGCCACUCCCGCGGGCGUCGGUGGUGAUGAGAGUCGCUCGCAGUCCUUCGGGCAAAAAGCAUCAGCAGCAGCAAUAG